AUGCAUAUCCCAGGCGUAUUCCUCAUUAUCGCGCUAGGUGCGUCAAGAGCUAACGCAAGGACAUGCACCAUCAAGCCUUUGGGACACAGCCAAAGUGACGUCUCUCAGAUCGAAGCAGCUAUUGCUGCGUGUGGGUACGGCGGGACAACUGUUCUGGAAGCUGGUGAAUACAACAUCACCCGUAAAAUGCAUUGGGACCUCGCCAACUCCCACGUCGACCUUCACGGGUCUCUGAACUUCGUCUUCGACCUCGAGCAUUGGAUGGACCCCGCGUCGACCUACCGCGUCAUCUUCAUCCAGUCCCAAGCGUCGUGGUUCGUCGUCUCCGGCCAUGACUUCACCAUCGACGCGCACGGCACGGGGGGCAUCGUCGGCAACGGCCAGCACUGGUGGUCGUGGUACGGAAACGCGACGCGCCUCGACGGCGACGGGCGACCUGUGUCGCUCACGCUGUCGCACGUCGCGAGGGGGACGGUGCGGGACUUCAGGGUGGACGGCCCGCCGUUCUGGUGCAACGCGGUCGCGGACUCGAGCGACGUGCUGUACGACGGGAUGACGUGCGUGUCCGAGAACGCGGACGAGACGUGGUUCGGACAAAACAUCGUUUGGAACACGGACGGGAUCGACACGUACCGAUCGGACAACAUCACGAUGCUCAACUGGGACAUCACCACUGGAGAUGAUUGCUUGGCAAUCAAGGGGAACUCGACGAACGUAUUCGCCAAGAACGUCACCUGCCGCGGGGGGACGGGCAUCGCGUUCGGCUCGGUGGGGCAGUACUAUCAGCUCCCUGACUACGUCGAUAACGUCGUUUUGGAAGACAUAACGUUCGUGCGACCGGACGCCCAAGUCCAGCCGCUGAUGGAGCAUGGGGUGUACUUCAAGUCGUGGACGGGGACGAGGAUAGGGUUUCCACCUACGGGAGGAGGAGCAGGCGGAGGACGCGUAUCUGGCGUGGUCGCGCGAAACGUCAACCUGGAUCAGGUCACAACGCCUAUCCAGGUCUAUCAAACAAACCUCGGACAUCCAGGGGACAAACCGUCGAAAUUGCAAUUCACCAAUCUCACCUUCACGAAUUGGACGGGGACCGCACAGACAUCUACAGUCGUUGAUCUCGAAUGCAGCCCUGCGGCACCAUGCACAGACCUCACGUUCGAGCAGAUCAACAUCGCCGUUCCCGGCGAUCAGGUCGCUGAAUUUGCGUGUGUGAACGUAGCAAGCGUCGCGGGGGUCGCCUGCGGAGGGAAGCAGUGAUUCAUCGAAGGGGACGCAGCUGACGCUGCGUGGAGGUGAUGAGCGCAUACAUAGCAUAGCAGCAGACGGAGGGCGGAAAGAGGUCAAUAAUUUUUAUCAAAAU